AUGUUUAAUCUUAUUAAUUCCAACUACUCUAAUUGUCAAUUUAUUUUUGAUAAUGGUAAUAAAUGUAACUGUUGGACUUCCACAAAGUCAGAUACUAAUGAUCCAGUUGAAUGCAUUAAAAAUCAUAUCAAUGAAUUGUUUAACUAUGCUCACCCACAUCAAUAUGGUGAGCUUACAAUAGAAACAUUAAAACACAAUCCUUAUCAACCUUUUAAUAAUAAAAGAAGAAAUAAUCAAGAUCCAGACCAAAACUCUUCAAAUUUUAUGGAAUUUACUGAAAGAUUAAAAGCUGUGAAAAAACCUCUUGUUAUGUAUUAUGUAAAUGUCCGUUAUAUUAAUAUUAACAUAGAUUUAGUUUCUGCAUUUUACCUGGAAGGUUGGAGGAGACGAAAAAGUUCGGAGAAGAGAAUAGACAAGUUGUGGAGAGGAAGUGAGGAAGGACGUGAAGAGAGAGAUUACUUGAUUGAAGAGAAGAAGAAGUUAGAGCAGAAAGAAAAUUUAUAUGCUGAAGAAGUAAAGAAGUGGGGAGAUGUAUUAGCUGAAAAGAGUAAAGAAAAAGAGGCAAAGAGAGUUAGACUUUCCAUCGAUUCCUUAUCAGAUCUUAAGAGAGUUAUCCUGGCUAAUGAAUAUCCUGUCACUUUUGUUCCUUUUAUUGCUCAUCCUGAGAUAGAAAAGGAUAUUUGUGAAAUUAUACAUUUGAACUUGAUGAGCUUAUUCUCUGGUGGAAGUGGUACUGGAAAAACUCAUAUUGGAUUUGAAAUUGAGAAUAUUGUUGAACACAAUGAAUGGACCAAAACAUUAAAAGAUAAAUUGGAUGCAACUUUUGAACAUAUAUAUAUUAACAUAAAUGAGUUAAUAAACAUACUUGAACCAGGACUUGAAGAUAAUAUUUUGCAAAUUGAUGAAUUUCAAACUGGAAAUUAUUGGACAAUCACAUUAUUUCGUGUCAUAAGUAGUAUAGUAGUUCUGGAAAAAUUCAAAACUUUAAUCAUUCCAAUAUGUACUGGUACUGCACCAUCUAAAAUUACAAAUCUGGAUAACAGCCAAUUUAAUAAAUCUUCAUUUAUCACCUAUGAAUUUAUGAGUCUAUUCAAUGAGUUCACCACUUAUUAUCAUGGGAACAGUGACAUUUUACCAGAGAAGAAUAACAGAAUUUAUCUUUGUGUUGUAAACUCUAUAAAAGGAAUUCCUGUUGUCAUUGAAACUGCAGUUAAAACAUUUUUAGAUAUGAUUGAAGGAAUAAGAAUAUUUCAAACCUAUGAUAUGGCAAAAAAUUUUGGGGAAAUUUAA